UCUUUUUAGUAAUGCAACAACCAUCCUUUGAAUUGAAUGUUUGGUUCCAUUUUAAUUGUUUUCCACUUCAACUCACACACCCUACAGACAACUGAUUACAAAUGAUCUGACCACUGAAUCAUCAGUUUUUCAGCUCCCAUUCACAUUCCCAUCAAACCAUUUCGUCACAUUUCUCCCAAUUACGAGUUGCGGAAAUGUUGGGUCACACUGAUCGACUAUCAGAACCGAGAACAUCAAAGGACCAAAUACUCGCAGACUUUGGGUCUGAAUUUGGUGAUGAUGAAGAAGAGGAAAAUUGUUCGGAACAGAUACUUUACUCGGUUUCCUUUGAAGAACUUGCGAGCAAUAGUAUUAAAUAUGAUACAAUCAUAUGGCUUUCUAUAUCAUUACUACUUGUUUUAGCUUGGGGAAUUGGCCUCUUAAUGUUACUUUACCUUCCCUUUAGGAGAUAUGUACUUCGAAAGGAUUUCGACUCUCGCAGAUUAUAUGUCACACAAUCUGAAAUAGCUUACAAGGUGUCAAGGCCUUCGUUUAUACCGUUUUGGGGGACCAUAAUAAUUGAGAGACGCGUACCUCUUUCUUUGGUGAUUGAUAUUAUUAUUGAACAAGGUUGUGUGCAGUCUAUAUAUGGUGUCCACACUUUUCGAGUUGAAAGUAUUGCUCAUGGAAAGACUGCUCCGGUUGAUGAACUACAACUUCAAGGAAUUUCUGACCCCGAUCUUUUGAGAAAGGUGAUCAUAAGAGAAGCUUCAAAGAUCUCAGGAGAUUUAAGUAAAAAUUGGAAGCAAAUUGCUCCAAGCAUGGCUCGUAUGCCAACAACAACUGAAGGACCAGGCGUUUUGAAAUCACAAUCUAUAAAUCCUAAGGUGAUAGGCUCGCCGCGUUCUUCUUCAGUAGAGCGCAGAAUAGGCGGAGGAUUGCUUCUUAAUAAACUUGAAGAAGUCGGUAAAUCAGUAAAGAGACUUGAGCUGCUUAUCGAGCAGUCGCACGGUUCCCUCGCCGCUAGCUGAAGUAUGUCAUAUGCCAGCCCUGCAAGAUUUGAAUUGACUUGUAGUCUAGGAAGCACGGACACAGAAACAACGCCGACACUGACAUGUCGAUACUGGUAAUAAUUUUAAAAAAUGAAUAAAUUAAUGUAAUCACAAGUAUUGAUGUAAUGUCCGGUGUCCAUGUCUUAUGUAUGCGCUUGAUAUGUUAAUCACCUACAAACACCUAACUCUAGCCCUUUAAGAAAAAUAGUAGCCGUUGGAUUAAUCUAAUGUAAUGACUAAGAAUUUUGAUCUCUCAACCAUUAGAUUAAUCCAAUGUUUUACUAGAGAGGUAGAUGAGUUUGUAGAGGAUCCAUCUGCCAUAUACUUUUGUCCACAUGUAUAUCUUGGAUAAAUGUAAUCAAUUUCAACCAACCACCUAUUGGAUGUACUAAUAUGGAAGAUAUUAAUUUGUGGUUAGAAUUACAUGAGGAAUCUAUUCAUCUAGA